UGGAAAAGGAUCACAUGUCAGUAUGAUCAUUUAACAUUUAAUAACGAACUGUGCAAAGAAGGGGUUUUGUACUAUGGAGCCAGGUUAUGUCUUGACGGAUCUCUGGUCGUCAUGAGCUUCAAUGUUAAGUCUGAAAAGUUUAGUACCGUCAUUGAAUGUCCUGAUGGAACUGCUUAUAGCAUUUGGAAGUUAGUGAUUUAUGAUGGAAACAUUGCCUUAGUGGAUGAGACUGACUUUGAAAAUGUUGUGAAUGAUCCGGAUGGGGCUAGAGUUUUACAGAUAUUUGUUUUGGAUGAAACCGCACAGAAAUGGCGGGAAACGUGCAUCAAGAUUCAUCGUUGGGAACAAAAAGUUGGAGAUAGGGAACUUUAUUUCAAAGGUACUAUUGGAACAAGAGAACUUGUUUUCGCACCAGCCGAUUGGUUAGAGGGACAAAAUUUUGUGGUGUAUUAUAAUCCAGCCACAAGAGAGUUAAGAAGAUUUGAGAUUGAAGGAAUGGUUGAUGGAUACUUUGAUGUUCAAACCUACUUGGAUCAUGUUGAGAGUACUUGGCUUAUUGAAGAAUAAGAGUUGGUUGUUCA